CGGAGACGGGAGAGUGAAUGGUAAAGAUGGAUUAGGAUUUUGUGUGUUCUUGAUCCAAAUUCAUUGAUCCUUGAGUUGAGAGUAAUUGCUAGUGCCGUUUAGGUUGUGAGUGCGAACGCACAUUGUCGAGUAAAUGCUUUAGUGUAAAGGGAUGAUGCACCGAGGAAUGGAAUAGAAUGAUUCCGAGUCUGGCGUGAUGCAUCCAAUAACUAUGGGUUGUAGAACUGCGAGUUUUUUUGAAGGAUGUUGUUGUCCUUGUUGAGCAAGCGCUUAUUGGAUGUAGAUUCCAGGGAUGCCUAUGGAUUUGCUCUGAGACCUCAACACACGCAUAGAUAUAAAGAGCACACUAACAUCUACAAGGAGGAGGAAGAGGAAAGGUGCCAUAAGUGGGAGAAUUUUCUUGAUCAAGUAGCUACACCAUUUCAACCAAGCCCUCUUAAGGAGGAGUUAAAUACAAAUACACUGCAGGCUGAAACGAGUGAGCGUCAAGAAGAGACCGAGUUGGGGAGGUGUAGCACAGGAGAUGACUCAACUGCCUCAAAAUCUGAUACUGUCGACGCAACAGAUAGUAGUCCUGAAAAACUGUUAGAGCCUCCAAUAGAAACACGUAAACGUGUCGUUCAGACUUGGUGUCAAACUAGGCCAUCCCUAAAUGCCAUUGAGAUUAUGAUGGGCUCUCGUGUUAAAAAGAAGAUAAUGAAAGAUGAAAAGACAAGUUAUCGUGGAGUUCAUGUUCCACCACUAGAGGGGGCAGAAUCUUGCCCUGAAGAGGAAGAAGCUUUCUGUAGUGGAGCAGUAAAUCGUAGAACAUCUGCUACUGGGGUAGGAAGAAGGGGUGAAGAAUGCAUUUCUAACAGUGUGAAGCCCUCAGAGAGAGAUGGUGUCGUGGGCGAUGGAGUUUCAGAAGAUCAGCUCUUUCCAUGGAAAAAAGAAUUAGAAUGUCUUGUUCGUGGGGGGUUGCCGAAAGAUCUGAGGGGAGAGGUGUGGCAAGCCUUUGUAGGUGUAAAGACCCGUCGAAUCGAGAAAUAUUACCAGGAUUUAUUGGACCAAGAAACUAAUUGUAGUGCGGAUAAUGAGAACCAUAUCCCCUCUGGUGUACCGAUAAAAUUGAAAAAACAGAUUGAGAAGGAUAUACCACGGACGUUUCCUGGUCAUCCUGCUCUGGACGAGAAUGGUAGAAACUCCUUGAGGCGUUUACUUUUAGCAUAUGCUCUUCACAAUCCCUCUGUUGGGUACUGUCAGGCAAUGAAUUUCUUUGCGGGCUUGUUGCUACUCCUGAUGCCCGAGGAGAAUGCAUUUUGGACUUUGGUUGGAAUAAUAGAUGACUAUUUUGAGGGAUAUUACACCGAGGAAAUGAUAGAAUCGCAGGUGGACCAGCUUGUUUUUGAGGAAUUGAUGCGUGAAAGAUUUCCUAAAUUGGUUGAUCAUUUGGAUCUCUUGGGAGUGCAAGUGGCAUGGAUCACAGGACCUUGGUUCCUUUCCAUUUUUGUAAAUAUGAUUCCGUGGGAGAGUGUACUCCGAGUUUGGGAUGUGCUUCUGUUUGAAGGCAACAGGGUCAUGCUGUUCCGGACAGCACUUGCAUUAAUGGAACUAUAUGGUCCUGCGCUAACUACUACAAAAGAUGCGGGGGACGCCAUUACUUUGUUACAAUCCCUUGCUGGUUCCACUUUUGAUAGUAGCCAGCUUGUGUUGACUGCUUGCAUGGGCUUUCUGACUGUAACUGAAGUAAGACUAGUGGAGUUGAGAACAAAGCUCCGGCCAUCCGUGCUAGUUGUAAUUGAAGAAAGAACAAAGAAAGGUCGGGUUUGGAAGGACUCAAAAGGGCUAGCUUCCAAGCUUUAUAGUUUCAAGCAUGAUCCUAGAUCACCUACAGAGAGAGAAAAGACAGCUGCAGGAGCCAAUGUAGGGCCCUGCACCCCUAAGCCAGAUGACAUUCUUAAUGAAUUGGCCGGUGAUUCUGGAACAGAGUCGCUUCCAGACCUUCAAGAACAAGUAGUAUGGUUGAAAGUUGAGUUGUGCAGGUUGCUGGAGGACAAAAGAUCUGCGGUUCUAAGAGCUGAGGAGCUAGAAACAGCACUAAUGGAAAUGGUCUCGCAAGAUAAUCGGCGGCUAUUGAGUGCCAGGGUUGAACAACUAGAGUUAGAGGUAGAUGCGCUACGGAAAACUCUAGCAGAGAAGAAAGAACAAGAAGUUGCAAUGCUUCAGUUGUUGAUGCGUGUCGAACAAGAGCAAAAAGUAACCGAGGAAGCUAGAAUAAACGCAGAGCAAGAUGUAGCAGCUCAGAAAUAUGCUGUUCAUAUGCUUCAGGAUAAGUAUGAGAAAGCUAUGGCUUCACUUGCUGAGAUGGAGAAAAGGGUGGUGAUGGCCGAAUCCAUGUUGGAGGCUACUCUACAAUAUGAAUCUGGCCAAGUUAAAGCAACGGCAUCUCCUGGGUCACGUAAUCCAGGAUCUGCACAGGAUAAGGAUAAGGAUAAUCAGAAAAAGGUUGGUUUGCUGCCAUUUGCACUCGGCUGGCGGGAUCGAAACAAGGGUAAAUCGAACGAAGAAUCCUCUUAACAGAAGAUGGUGAAAGAUGGAGACCUAAAAGCAAAUAAAGUUCACGUACUUCAAGUUAAGUUUGGCUCAGAAUGGACGGGUGUCACUACAUAAGUGGGAAGGUUCAAGAAGUUGGAAGUCGACCAUAUUUAAGCUUGGAUUUCUACUCUCAAAUGGAAAAGAACUGGCGAGCUUGGAGGAACUUUCCUUUUAGUUUUCUUCACAUUGGCUUACUCUUUGGGAGCAGAACCCAAUUUGAGUGAGAACUGCAACCACAAAAGAGGCGUCCAGGUAGUAAUUUGAUGAAUUUUUGUGAGCGUGGGAAUAUUAUUACAUACAAUGAUGUAAAUUAUUUGGUUUCAAUUUAUGCAUUUUAUUUGUGUCUGGUGAACAAAUAUAUACUUUAAGUGUACUUUUUUAUUCAGGACAGAUUCAC